AUGCUCACAACCAAACACCCAGGCGUCCCGCUGGGUGCCAAACGAGAAACACUGCAGGACUAUAAGCAUUUGUUCAAAGGGAUACAAUGGCACGAACACCACAAACACAUAGUCACAUCCGACGGAAAGCGCCUCUCCUCUGUCACGGCAACAAGCGGCCAGGCAGGUAAGAAGCAUAUCCUCGUUCUAUACUUCCAAGGCAAUGCCUCUUCUACCCCUCCCCGGCUCCCAUAUCUGUCCACGAUCUUGUCAACUCUGGCCAAGGAGAGGGCCGCAAUGUACACGUUCCUUGUCCCCUCAUACCGCGGGUACUGGACAUCCACGGGAACGCCUUCACAGGCCGGCAUAGAGCGGGAUCUGUCCGCGGUUUUUAAGCUCCUUGAGACGGACCCUCACUAUGCCGACACGGAGGUCAUUCUCUGGGGUCAGAGUAUUGGAUGUGGCAUUGCCCUCAAGGGCUGGGCGGACUAUCUUCGAUCCGGGGGCUUGGGGGUCAGGGUGACGGGGCUGAUACUAGAAACGCCGUUUGUGAGUGUGCCGAAUAUGCUCCGUGCAUUGUAUCCGCAGCGAUGGCUGCCUUAUCGGUAUCUGUCCAUGUUCCUGUGGAGCACGUGGGAUAUGAAGGCAUGCGCAGAAGUGGUGAAGAGGGGCGGGGGUGUGCAGGUCCUGGUCGUGAGCGCCGGAAUGGAUGAGGUUGUGCCAGCUGAUGAGACUGUUGAGGUGGAGGAACUUAUGAGGGACAUGGUGGGGAGGGAGAGGGUCGAGUCGAUUUUUGUACAGGGUGCUUUGCACGUUGAAUGUGCUAUAAGGCCCCAGGGAAGGGAAGAGAUUGUGCGGUUUAUUGAGGGUUUGAGUGAUAUCAGAAGCAAAUAG